AACAGCAAUAGGACAGCGACACAGAGAGAGCUUGUGAGGCUUCUGACUCUCCCAAUGCAGACUCACAGACCGUUGUACUGCAAGGCACAGCACAGCAGAGUGCACAUGUACGUCCUAUCUAACUAAGGAGCUGGGCUUUGUCUAAAGAUACUUUUUUCUUGUAGGCGACAGACAGCUAAUCCUCCGUGUCCGCUCAAGGCUUGGCACUCAGACUACUGAGAGUUUGAUUACCAACUGGACUGACAGACUGACAGAAGUGUGUGAGAGAGAGGAGCCAGCUAGACGGAUAUACAAGACGUCCUGGAGUAUCUGACCGGAAUUCGUGUUGACGGUGGAAAGAUGACAUCCAAGUCGUCCAGGCUGGGCAGACCCUCAUCGGCAGGGUCCAAGCAGCCCUCUCAGAGGAAGGAUUGCCCGGUGGGUAACCGCUCCUGUAUGCUGCGGGUCGGGGAGAGGCUGAUGAGGGCUGGGAGUGAGGGGAACCUACAUGUAGUGAGACCCAAACCUGUCCAGCAGACACCCCUGGAGGAAGGACACCAACAGUCCGGCUCCAUCACACCCAAAGAGUUAGGAAACAACAACCAGAGAGACUCAUCACCUGAGGAUGUCGAGCGUUUCCACAGGCAGCAGACUGUAGAGAACAAGAACCACCACUCUGAGCCACGUUCCCCCAGCACAGUCCCCAGGAGGUACACCAUCGGAGGGCAAGGGCCCCGCAGUGCCAGAAACCCCCUGACCAUGCAGCACGCUGACGUAGAGAGGAAGAAAGAGGUGUUCCUGGAGCACCUGAAGCAUAGGUAUCCUCACCAUGCUGCUGUCAUCAUGGGCCAUCAGGACCGCAUCAGAGACCAUGCCAGGAGCCCCCAGCACUCUGCCAGCCUCCCGCCCGGUAUAGGGGAGCAGCUCGAGCACCUCUCGUUGGCCUCUCUGGAGUCUCUGGAGACCAUGUCAGAGGGAGACGGUCUAGCCGCCUUCACCCGUGGCUGCCAGGCACGGGCCAGCCUGCCGGUGGUCCGUUCUGCCAACCAGACCAGGGACAGAUCAUUAGGUGUGCUGUACCUGCAGUACGCAGAGGAAACCAAGCAGAUCCGGAUGCCCAAUGAGAUUACCAGCAUAGACACAAUCAGGGCUCUGUUUGUUAGUGCUUUCCCCCAGCAGCUCACCAUAAAGAUGCUGGAGUCUCCCAGUGUAGCUGUGUACAUCAAAGAUGAAACCAGGAACAUGUACCACGAGCUAACUGAUGUCAGAAAUAUUACAUCUCGAUGCUGUCUGAAGGUGUACCACAAAGACCCUGCACAUGCCUUCAAUCGCAGCAACGCAAGGCCUAACAAUGCUGAGGGCAGGAUACCAAGGGAGAUACUGUAUGGAAGUCAUAGCCCUGUACACACGUUACAAUCCACCUGCAGUCCUGUCCACUCCAUACAGGGGUCCAUGUCUCCCCCCACGGUCCGCUCCAUGCCCUCCUCCCCCUCUAGGAUCCCCUACGGCCCCCGAGCUGGGGGAGGGGUACCAGGCAGUGCCACCCUCCCCAGGGCUGGCAUGUCCAGUGGGCCCCCCAGCAGGUCCGUCACACCCUCCCCCAGUGCUAUCCUGGAGAGAAGAGACGUCAAACCUGACGAGGACCUGAGCAGUAAAAGUAUGGCGCUGGUGCGUGCCGACGGGUUGUAUGUCAACGUCACUGACCCCUACGCUGUCCAGGAGGGCCGGCUGAGUAUCGCCUCCUCCCAGGGGGGCGGCCACACGGAAGACAUGGUCGACAUAGGUGGUGGUAGCCUCCACCGAGCCUCGGUCAAGUCCACAGCCUCCUAUACAGAGAACCCGGAGCAGCAGCACUCCCUCUACAGGCAGAAGUCCCGGAGGUACGGGGAAAGCCAGGGACUACCGCCACUCGGCACCAAAACCCCGCCCCCUUCCCCUCACAGAUUGAAUGACAACCAUGGCCCUGUGGCCUCAGAGAGGGGCUCUCCUAUUCGCCGGUCUCUGCGGAAGGAGAGUAAUGGUAAUACAGUGGAGGUGGUGAACAGGACCAGGGGUAGUGUGUCCUCUGUGUCCUCCUCUCCUGUGUUCGUGGAGCUCCCCCCAGGGCACUAUGGGGACAGGCUGUUUCAGGGACACCUCACCCCCAAUGACCCCCAGACCAGUGAGCGAAUGAAGGCCAUGGAACAACAGAUUGCCAGUCUGGCUGGCCUUGUUCAGCAUGCACUUGCUUUUGGGCCAGCUGAGAUAGAUAGGAGGACUGCUUCUCCUUUCCAUGUCAACAACAGUGCAGGAGUGUCACCAGUUCCUGCAGCCAGAACCCCGGCCCUCCUUGCUGACGGCUCCAAUGCUCUAGUCCUUCAGGCCCCUUCCCCUGACUCCACCCUGCAGGUCACACUGACCACGGUCAGGAGGAACAUCACUGACCUCCGACAGCAGCUUCACCAACUCCGACAGCUACAGAUGCAGAACCAGGACAGUGUGAGGGGGAUGCUGAAGAGAGCAGAGGAGGAGCUAGCUGAGGUGAUGUCUGAGACCCUACAGAGACAACAGCAGGAGACAGAGCCUGGCCAGAGACAGAGGACCACGGUGGACGAGGAGAGACACAAGUACCAGGCCAUGGAGGAGAGAGUGCUGGCCCAGCUCAGGGAGCUGGAGGAGUAUGUGGAACGUCUGAGGAGAGACUCGUCCUCCGGCAAAGGUCAGCUGUCAGUCACCCUCAGGGACGUGGAGGAGGGAGCUGUCAACCUCAGGAGGGUGGGAGAGGCCUUGGCUGGACUUAAAGGUGAGUUCCCAAGCCUGCAUGAGAAGAUGCGGACGGUGCUGCGUGUGGAGGUGGAGGCGGUGCGCUUCCUGAAGGAGGAGCCUCAUAAGAUGGACAGCAUGCUUAAGAGGGUCAAAGCCCUGACAGAGGCGCUCAGCGGCCUCAGAAGAUGUGUCACAGAGAAUCAUCCUCACAAUCCCGAGCCUGAAGCAGCCAAAGCAGCCACAGCAGAGGGGGGUGUAGAGCCUGCCAUUGCCCAGUCUGAACCCCCCCGGAAGAAUCUCCCCACCAUGGAAUCCCCCAAACCUCAGCCCAGGCCCUCUGUCAGACCCCCCCAGCCACAGGUCAAGAACCCUGCAGGCAGGCCAGACACAGCCCCCACCUCACCUGACAUCGUCCACCGUGUGAAGAACUCUCCCGUCAACAUGCAGCCUUGUCAGCACUCAGCGGCUCUGCCACACCACCCCAGCCCCCCACUGACCCCCACCCACGGUCGAGACUCCCCCACCGUGGCCAAGGUCAGUCCCCGCAGCCGGGAGAACAGCCCGGCCCUGCAGAAGAGAAUAGUCCCUUGGUGUGGCGAUGGACCGGCACCCAUGGCCAGCAGCACUGAGACCACCUCACAACCACCUGGCUCAGAGGAGAGCCACACCAACAGGGGCAGCAUCAAACACAUCGUCAAGGACGUUGAGGUAACGGCAGAGAGAGAGCGGGACUUGGAGGAGGGAAGAUCACCACAGAACUCAGCAGCCACCUCUUCUGUGAAUGAGUUUGAGCAGAUUCUCCAGGAGACCCAGGCCAGCCUGAUGAAGGCCAUACCCGACCUGAAGGUGACUGAGACAGGAAGAAGGGAGGCUCAGUCCUCCCCUCCACCCCUAGCUCCAGACCAGCCAUCUCUCCCAGACCCAGAGCUUCCCCUCAACACUCCACUGCCAGACGAAGUAGAUGCCCCUCAACCUACUGAGGCAUCUCUUCCAGAACCCACUCAGCCAGCUGAUGUGGCUGCUGAGGUGACUGUUCAGGUCAGCCCUGAGCGACCACAUAAGCCUAUGGUUGAAAAGCCUCGCAGGCCCAGUGUGGAGAGAGAGAUGAAGAACAGCCCAGAGAAGUCAGGGAAGUCUCUUCCACCACCCCCACCACGGAGGUUCUUCCCUUCACCGUCAGGCCCAGGGCUGACCACAGGGAGGUCUGGAGAAGUCAUCUUUACUACCAGGAAGGAAGCCGCCACCGCCCAGGAUGAUGAAGAGGAGGUGGUCCCUCAACCCAGUCCCAAACCCACCAGACAGCCCCCAGAGGUCAAGCCCAAGCCCCAAACCACUCCUGUUUUUAUAGCCUCCGCUGAGCCAGGGGAAAAGGAGGACGAAGAAGAAGAGGAUGAUGAGGAGGAGGAUAAAUUCAUGAAGGAACUACAGGUGUUUCAGAAGUACACUCUUAGAGAUGUAAGCACAAAGUGUGUCAUAGACCUUGAGACUGCAUCUCAAGUCAGACAGAUAGAGCCAGAACUCUCCCUCUCACCCAAAGACCCAAAGCAGAGUCAGGAGAACAAGGGUAAAGAGAAAAGUGUGCCCAACACUGAUGAAAACAGAUUUGACAUUGUUCCAAAGAGUCCCAGGGUCAUGUAUUAUGUCACAGGACAGUUAUCCAAUGAGAAGCCUCCAUCGGGAAAAACAGACCAAUCGGAAGGCAGGGAGGGAACAUUGUCCCCGUCACAGGUGGCAAACUCAAAUACAUUUGACUCCCAGCAGCCAGAGUUACUAAUAGCAGACAUGUCUCCUCUGGUAUCAUGUAACUCAGUGCUGGAAGGCCAAGAUUGUCCUCCUAAUACACAGAAGAUAGCAGUUGGAGAAGAUAGUGGGAAGGAGAGCCUCGUUGAUGAGAAUGUCCGGAAGGAUCCUGUUCAGAGUCAGAAAGUGGGGGUAGUUGAACCUGUGUCUCCUCCAAUACCUGCAGAGAAGCAGGACAUAUCUGAACCCUCUCAGCAAGACUGUUAUCUUACUAACAGUAAACCAUCAUCAUCAUCUUUGUCAUCAUCACCACCACCAUCUUCACCAGCAUCACCACCACUUCCACUAUCAUCAUCUUCACCACCACCAGUACCAGUAAUCCAGUUUGUGAGUAGUACAGGCCAAGAGGUUUCAGGUAGUCCAGGGUCUCCACCAGAGAGCAGGGGCCUGGGUGACAGCCAGAGCCAGCAGGUAGUGUUGAGGUCCUCCAGAAGCAGAGCACCACGGUAUGUAGAGGAGGGCAGCAGCCUGAGCCCUGACCUCCCAGACGAGGAGGGCCCUCCUCCCCCUGAGAACAUCUCCUUCAUGAUGAUCACCAGCAACAGAGUGCAGGCUCUGUCCACUGGGGAGUACCAGGAGAUAGUGAAUGGUACCAGCAUGUCCGAGGUUCAGACCGUCAGUGUUGGGAACGACACCACCAGUAUCAGCCAGGAGCACAGUGGCUUCGACAGGAAGCCUGUGAUCAUCAUAUUCGACGAGCCCAUGGACAUCCGGUCGGCCUACAAGCGUAUGUCCACCAUCUUUGAGUGUGAGGAGGAGCUGGAUAGGCUGCUGCAUCAGGAGAGCAUCAAGGAGGAAGCAGAGGAGGAAGGAUCAGAGAAGAGUGUACCUCAGGUAAAGCCUAACACUUAUCUACAUCAGGCAAACAAGACAGCAGUGACAGGAAACACUGCAACCAGUCACGAUAAUACUCCUGCUGUGGUUGCGCAACAGAAGAGCACAGCAGAGUGCUCAUUGCCAGAACAGUCUAAAACGGAGCCCUCAAACACCAGAAAACCAGAGACCAAAAAGAAGUUCAAAUUCAAGUUCCCAAAAAAUAAGCUGGCGGCCAUCAGCCAGGCGAUUCGCACUGGGACCAAAACAGGGAAGAAGACACUUCAGGUGGUGGUCUAUGAGGACGAGGAGGAGUGGGACGGACACAUGAAUGAGACCGAAAGGUUUGAGAUCAACAGCAGUAGCAUACCACAAACUGACUUUAGUCACCUCACCUCUGUGAAUAACAUCACGUCACCAAGCACUCUCACCAGGUCAAACUCUAAACGCAGGACAGAGGAGAUCUGUAAGAAUGCCUACGACUCCAUAACCAGUCUAGAGGAGAACAUUAAACAGCUGGAGAUCACUGUGGACAAUAUAAGCCCAGCAGCGCCUAACACAGACUCCUGUGAAGAGUCUCCAGCCACAGUGAAACCCCAACGAGAGAGGGAGGGCAGUCCCUCCAAGAGGCCUGCCCCUCCUCAGGUCUCAAAGUUCCUGAAGCAUCCUCAGAGUAAGAAGUCCAAACCAGAGCUUCCCAGGCCAUCCAUCACAAGCAGCUCCAAGAAACAGAAUACCAGUGGCUCUCCUUCUUCGAGUCAGAUGUCUCUUUCUGCAAAGUCCUGGCAGCAACCAGCCGGGUCAGCUGACAAACCAGGAGGAAAAACUCAGAAGCUCCAGGCCAAUCAGAAGCAGUUUCCACAGGUAGUUUUACUAUAAGAUGGCCUGUGUUAGGAAGUAUUGGAGAAACUACUUUCAUGAUUUAGAGAAGUUUACAUGAAGCCUUGGAAACUGUACAAUUCUAGGAUAUGUUUGUUGAAUCCACUCACUCUCUGUCUUGUUCUCCUACUGUAUGUCUUCAAGACCUUUUGACUGUUACCAUCUGUACCCUCUUCUUCACCUCUAUAUGCUCCUUGAGCAUGCUCACCAUGUAACUGUAAUUCACUUGGAGGUGGAGGCAAGGAUAGAAGAUUGGCAAGGAUAUAUUCACUUCACUUUUUCAACAUCUUCAACCUUAAACUAAAUCAACUAAACUAAACCUAUAUUCAAACUAAACUCACCUUCUGUCAACUGUCCAAAUAUUCUUUAACCCUCUUUAUCUCACCCUGAGAAGCAUGAUAUUUAUGUCAUAAACACUGCAUGUGUGUGAUGAGUUAGUGCAUUGAAUUAGUGAAUUAGUGGGCAUCAUUAACCCUGUAGGUGAUUCAUAGAAAAUAUGAAGUCAGGAAAUGAUCUAUAAUUAGUGUAUUUUAGUGCCACCUUUUUGCUUUCUAACAUGAUGCUUAUUUAUCUUUGUAUAAUAACCCUUCUUUUGCCUUUCUUGACAUUCCAUAUCUCCCGCCAUCUUUGUUUCGCAGGCUAACAGAAGUGCUAAGAAAGCUGGUGGGGAUAGUAACCAUUAUUUCCUUGCUUUACCUGCUUCUAAGAUCCCAGCCUUUUGUCAUAGCUCUGGAAAAAAUAUGUCAUUGCCCGGUCCAAACACUGUGUCUAACCCAAUUAAAUCACCUUCCUCCUCCCCGUCCUCCUCACACAAAUCUUUCAUCCCGUCUCUUAAUCUGAGUCGUCUCAUCCCUCCUAGCCCUUCUCUCAAUGACAGACGUCAAAAUCUUUCCUUCUCAUCACAAACCCAAAAUGGCCGACCCAGCCCUUUCUCUCACUGCUCAUCUUCCUCCUCCACCUCCCCCUCUUCCAAUUCCUCCUCUUUGUCCCCCACAUCCACUUCCUCCUCCUCCCCUCCCUCUCCUUCCCUCCUCUCCCCGACUGCCAUGAGUCAAGGUGCGAGGAGUAUCCACCGCAUUGCACAUAUACCCAGCUUCACCGGACACAAGAUGCAAGGUGGAUACAGCAGCAAAACCACACAUACACCAGCAGCUUCUUUGUCCAAGGACAUAUGAUAAUCUUUUUAUAUCUGUAUGUAACAAAGUUAAGAACGUACCGGAAGCUCAUGCCACAGCUUGCUUGAAAUGUUGCAGAUGGAGCCAUCCAAUUUGUACGUUUUGGGUGGCUCAACAUGUUGGAACAUUGUCAAGUAGGACGGUUACGUGUGUUGCGAAGCAGAGGAUCACUGGUUCGAACCCAGUAUGGGGCAGUCGGACAGUGGAGGAAGCUAAGCUUUUAGCAGCACACAGACCCCUGUUACAUAACAGUAUAUAAAGUAUAGUGGAGGGAAGUGCUGUUUUAAUGGCAACCUAAUACAAUUGCAGGGCAUUCUUUUGUGUCUCAAGCUAUAUAAGUUUUUGAUCAUGAUCAAUUUGAGUUCACAUACAAAAACAGAGAAUAGCGUGAGCUGGUUUUCAUUCCAUGCUCCUUUUGAGAAAGGGGACCUUUUUUUAAUUUUUGCCUCAGUUUAUGGGAUGUUCCAGGAAAAGAGCGCCUUUUGCAUCCCUUUGAUAUUUUAAAUAGAAAUUGUGCACCAGUAUUGAAUUGUAAAAGCCUGUUAUAUUAAAUUAAGUGCCCUUUAAUAUAGACUCCAUGGAGAAUUCAAUUCUUUUUUUUUAAAUAUGAAUAAAGGUUUGCUAAAGUGCCAAUUCAGCAUUUUAGGAAGAUUUCAACCCACUUAAUCCAAAGAUUUCUCCAUCAUUUCACCAUCAUUGUUAAGCCCUAGUUGUUGGUUUGACAGUCAUUUCUGAAAAGUUUUUAUUUUUAUUUCAUGUGAUUAGUGAUUCAUUUAAAUCUAUCUCUCAUUUUGGAGGCAAGUAGUCUUAGCAGUUAAGAGCGAUGGGCCAGUAACCGAAAGGUCGCUGGUUUGAAUCCCCAAGCUGACUAGGUGUAAAUUCUGUCUGUGCGCUUGAGCAAGGCACUUAACCCUAAUUGCUCCUGUAAGUCGCUCUGGAUAAGAGUGUCUUCUAAAAGACAAAACAUUUACAUUUUAAGGUUAAUCCUGUUACAUGAACUGAAAUCUGGUUUUAAUAUGGUGAAACUAUUCCUUUAAAAAAAAAUCGUAAUAAAAAUGUAACAUAGUCAAAUCAUAGUGUAAAAGCAGGUGAGCCGUUUCUACUCUUUUUGGCCAUUUUCUGGUGUUUUGUGGUGGAAAACUGAAUGGGUCGAGCAAAACACAUAGAUAAGACAAGCUAGAAAUGUUUAAGCUAUUUCAUUGUUUUUGUGAAGCUUGCAUUUAAUUGCCACUCCCUGUUGCACACAAAAACUUACAUUCCCCCUGUCACGAGGGGAUUUAUGGCUGAUUUAAGAUGAAAUAUUACUUUAUUUGGCACUUAAUAGGGUCAUUUUGUUUUACGUGAAAUUGUUUUUUAUAAAGUUAAACGUGCAUUUUAUGACUGAAUGUAAAAAUUAAGUGAAAUCAACAGGGUUUUUUUUCUCCAAGUUACACUUCUCAAAAGGCACCGAAUUGGUGGAACGACCCCUGUUGUAUGAUGAUAACUACUUGCUUUAUAAAUGAUCAACACCAAAAGGUGCAAACAUUCUAGAGUUAAUGCUAAUGUAGUUUAGUAGUGCUGGAAAUCCAGUUACAUUUUUAUUGAUGUGAGAAAUCUGUGAUUUUAACGGAUGGUGUUAUAUUUUAUACGAAUUUGAUUGACACUUAAUAAUAUAAAGAUUUGAUCUAAAAUAACAAUUUAUGUAAAGAAAUCAAAUCAUUUAUUUACAUUUUUAUGGUGGAUAAAGGCAUAGAUGCAGACUUUCAUCUAGCAGCAGUCACUCAGAUGUCAUCUCUCUUAUGCAAUGAUCUUAGAUGUGUAGAGUUGUGCGAGUGGAACUUUGAAGAACAAAAUGCUUGGUGAUUUCUCAAGCUUCCGAUGCACUGCCAAAUCCUUUGAGCUAACAAGAUAGCUACUGUACAUGCAAAAUAAUGUUUAGAGGCCUUUUAAGGCAGUAGAUGUACUAACAUGCUUGUACUAAAGUGUUUGGUUUUACAGAUCAUGUAUCUAAGACAUGCACUGUGUGGACAUUGUAAUGUUUACCUUUGGGAUGGCAACUGACUUAUAUUCAUAUUAGUAACUGGUGUUUACAUUCAUAAUUAGUGACAGAAGUUUACAUGCAAGUGUAUGUAUUUAAGAGGGUUUUGUCUUCAGAAAAGUAUUUUAACUUGCCAAACUUCACUCCUAUGCAUGCCUUUUUAGAGAUUUUAGAUAUUUAUCUAUCAUGUUAGAGAACUGUUUGCACAACUCUGUAAAUAUUUAGUGUUCUCUGAUUUUGUAAAGCUGUAAACCAUGUUGUAAAAAGGUAUUGUAGAAUUUAAUGCUUGUGAGGUUGAGAAAUUAAUAAAGGGCUUUUUGUUAGUGA